AAUCCGGGCAUUUUCACGCCUGAAGAGGAUGGCCAGGCGUCUCAUUACUUCAACGUUACUCAUCGUGUACCACCGCCCGUCGCUUCCAGCAGGGACCACGAUCGUAUUUUGGCAUUGGAUCAGGAGCGAGAUAGAUACAAGUCACAUGCCAAUCAUGAUACCCCAUCUUAUAUCCCAGUCUCAUCCGUAUCAGCGACAUACAGCCAAAGGUAUACAGCCCCCGUCAACGGGCCCCAAUUUUCUGCUAUUACCGCUGCCAUGGAAAAGGUCUCGUUUGACGAUAGCGGUAAUCAGUCCAACUCGAGUCCCAAAGGCCGAAAUGGUCCAUCACAUCCGCAAGUUUCAUACGCACGCCCCAGUGUACCACCACAUUCUAUUAUUAGACCUGCCGCCACUGAGAAAUCAGUUUCGUUUGAUAGCGGUAUUCCGUCUAGCACGGGUCUUAAAGAUCGGAAUAAUCCGUCUGACAUCCGGGAUUCAUACGCACACCGCGGUGUACCACCGUCUAGCAGCAGACCUAAUGUCACCAAGAAAUCGUUCUCGUUCGAUAGUAGUGGCCUUCAGUUCAGCUCGAGUCGCGAGGGCUGGACUGGUCCGUCGCGUUUGCCACACGGAACCCGCUAUGAGCCUUCGCACUCAGAAACACCAAAGGAGGUCCCACAAAAUUGGCAGUCGUUUAACAGGUUCAAUUCUCAACACCCCUUGCCAGACAUCGUGAGCGCGACUCCUUACCAUCUCGUUCAGCCUGCCAAUACACAUAAUGAGGUAUCUGGAGGCGAGUAUCAUCAGACCCUCAACCAAUCGUGGAAUGAAGUACAGCGCAAAGAGCUCGAGAUGAGAAGACAUAAGGAGGAGGAAACCAAACGCAAGGAAGACGAAAUCAGGCAGAAGGAUAUGCUUGCGAAGAAGAAAGCAGACGAAGUCAAGAGGGAGGAAGAGCAGGCCCAGAAAAUGGAAGCGCUUACGAGGCAUGUGGGGAACUCAAGAAGGGGGUUUGGUGGGGAAGAAAGACGCCCAGCACAAGAUCCCGCAUUAAACUGGCAGGCUGCAAAAGAAAAAGAAGAUGAAUUAAGACGCAUGGAGGAAGGGAGGUUCAAAGGACAGACAGCACGCGCCACAGAGGAAGAGAGCCGGAAGAAGGAGAAAGAACGCCCACCACGGGAAGAGCUUCAUUCGCUGGAGGAUCUCACCAAACAAGUCCAGGGAAGACCGCCCUACCCUACUGCUUUCGGAGGUUAUGGAGACAUCUGGAAAUGUAUUUUAGUUAAGCCCAGCAGGGCCGACGUCCAGGUGCCACCUGUGCCAGUGGCAGUGAAGACCAUGCGCACAUGUGGGUCCGACAGUAAGGAAGUGGUGCAGAAGAAGGCGAAGAGAGUGCGUCGUGAACUAAAGGUUUGGGGGCGUCUCAAACAUGGCAGCAUUCUUCCACUCUGGGGGGUAACAAAUGACUUUGGACCCUACCCUGCGAUGGUUUGCCCAUGGGCCUACAAUGGAGCUCUCACUGGCUUUCUUGAGCAUCAACAACACGUGUUGUCGCUUCAAAAUAAAUUUUCCCUUUUGAAUGACAUUGCCCUUGGAUUACAAUACCUUCACAGUGAAUUGGUUGUCCAUGGUGACCUGACAGGGUCAAAUGUCUUGAUUGACGAAAAGGGUCGGGCAUACCUUGCUGAUUUUGGUCUUUCUACUAUCAUCGUGGAGUUCGUCGGUACCUCCUAUUUCACGGACUCUAUUCGGGGGAAUAUCCGAUGGGCAGCUGCAGAGCUGUAUGAAGCACCAGACAACGCAUCACUCACCAGCGAGUGCGAUAUCUACUCAUUCGGCAGUAUCAUAUUGCAGAUAUUGACCUGCAAGGUACCCUACUACUAUGUGAAGCAUGACAUUGCAGUGUUACGAGAAAUCAUCAACGGCAACAAACCAGAGCUCAGGGACUUGCGCAUAGAACCCGGGCACUGGAACUUUAUACAGCGAUGUUGGCAGCCUCGUGCGAGUCGUCCUUUGGUUGGAGAAAUUGUGGCGUUUGUAGCAUAUGAACGACGAACUCUGCCAUCCUAGUCCGCUGAAUGGAGCAAUAGAGAAUAACGAAUUGGGAUGUAACACUUAUCUACGAGUGCUUCACACCCGCCGGAAAGUGAUGUUGAAAUGAUUCAAAUAUCAAUCUGUAUUUUCUAGGUUCUGUUCUUACUCAAGCUUCUAUCAAACGUAAGUAUGUGGUGCCGGGAAUCACAAAGGGAUCCGAUAUCUGUGUAACUUUGUCACAUUUACCUACUGAUUACGAUAAGGCUCUCGAGGUCUUAGCU